GGCCAGUAACGAAGGUCAAUGGAGAAAAGAUGAUGACUCGACGCAGAAAAACGGGGCUUAUCUUCCUUCUACGCCUACAUACCUCCAAAGGGUAGGUAGACGAUUGGUUCGCUGCUACUCCGUACUCCGGAGAAAAAAGCAUACUCCGUAGGGGACCCUCCCCCGAUUAGCUGCUCCACGGCGCCCAAAGGUACUUCCGUGCACGGUUGAUUCUUGGUUUCCCUCGGUUUGGUCGAUUAGUAAUGGAGUACUUCGAUUUCGAAGGUGCCUCCCACGACUCCUUUACCCAGGAUGAUGAUGUGGCUUCAGAUCAGCUUGAAUUAGACGAAAUCGACGCCAUUGCCCGUCAAGACUCGCUUAUGUUGGACCAGUCGCUGGAGGGGCUUCCCAAUGGCCCUCCAGAGCAGGACGUCACCAAGCAGCAGGUCCCAGAUGCUGUCGAACCUCCCUCGGAGACUGGAAUGUUUCCAAUUGUUCGGACCAAGGAACCCUGCAAUUUCUGCGCGCGGAUGGGAUUGGAUUGCUUUGUUGCGAGACGGGGUGUGAUGCAGAAGGCCUGCACAUGCUGCAUCUCCCUUUACCGCGAAUGCAGUUUCAAUACCACCAAAAAGCCUGGCAAGUUCUUGGACACUUUACACACCGUCUCCGAAAACGUGGACAUUCCGACAGGCGGCCUGACUGGGAAGCGGGCGAUGAAGUCCCUUACUGGUGUGUUGACGCCGGAGGAAAUGGAAGCACGGUCGAAGAAGAACAAUGCUCGAUUGUCCCGAGAAGCGGUUCGCGUCCUGAAAACUUGGCUGUAUAACCAUCGCGAGCAUCCCUAUCCGAAUGAACAGGAGAAAGAGGAAUUGAAGGAGCGCACAGGAUUGAAGAGGACUCAGAUCUCCAACUGGCUUGCCAAUGCCAGACGGCGCGGCAAGGUCCGCUCUGCAAAUAGUGCCUCCCCGGCUCAAAAUAUUCCUAGCCAAGAACCCGACAUGUCCCUCAUGACACCAAUGGAAAGAUGGAAGCAUUCUCCACCAGAAAAUGAACCUGCCGACAAGUCUGAUAUUCUUCGCGCCCUGAUGACCACCCCAUUGGACCCCUCCAAACCACGACCGUCCCAGCCGGCGGGGCACGUACGUUCCCUUUCUCGAAAAACGGGGUCUAGCAACGAUGAAUCAAGCCUUGUCAAUUCCAAUCGACAACCUGCAUCCAACUCAGUCAGCAGCUUCGAAACCAGUCACUCCUCUAUGUCUGACUUCUCUUUUGCAUCUGCUUUCUCCCACCGAUCUUCCCUGGGAUCCUUCGGUUCAAUGGAUAGGAAGGAUCGUCGACGUCGUCGCAAGGCUUCUGCUCCUGUGAAUGAAUUUGCUCAGCAAAAGGCCCGGAGUGCCCGUAUCUUCCAAUGCACAUUCUGUGCAGACUCUUUCCCGACAAAGUACGACUGGCAACGGCACGAAAAAUCUCUUCAUCUGGCUCUAGAGAAAUGGACAUGCUCUCCCGAGGGUGGUACUGCGAUCAUUGAUGAUACACGUCGCUGCGUGUUUUGUAUGGCAUGCGAUCCGGACGACGACCAUUUGAUAUCUCACGACUUUAGCCUGUGCCACGAAAAGAUGCCUCAUGAGAGGACUUUCUUCCGCAAAGACCAUCUUAACCAGCACUUACGAUUGAUGCACAAUGUGAAGUUCCACCAUUCCAUGGACAAGUGGCGCAGCAUCACCACAGAAAUCAAAUCCCGUUGCGGAUUUUGUUUGACAACCUUCACCACUUGGAAAGAACGAGUUGACCACUUGGCAGCACAUUUCAAGAACGGCGCAGACAUGGCACAUUGGCAGGGCGAUUGGGGCUUCGAGCCAUUUGUGCAAAGUCGUGUUGAGAGCGCGGUGCCGCCGUACCUAAUUGGUCACGAGAGAAAGACACCGAACCCUUUCAAAACUUCGCAUGCUAUGGCUCCCUCAGAUAGCUCAUUCAAUGAGUUCUCUACAGGUCUCAAGGGAAGGCUUGAUGAUUCUAACUGCUAUAAUCGUCUCCAACUCGAACUCACGGCCUACGUCCACAAAAGCCUCGCGGCUGGCAUCAGUCCUACCGACCACAUGUUACAAGACGAAUCUCGAAGAAUCAUAUACGGAAACGAUGAUCCCUGGAACCAGACUGGUGCCGAUAACCCUGUUUGGCUAAGCGCACUCAAGCGCGAUACUGGACUCAUUCCUAACUCCGAGCAUAUCCAAUUCGACAAUCUGAUGCAACCACCAUUUGCAGCCCAGGGUAGUUUGCGACAGCCACCCAUCGAGACCAACUCUUUCGCAAGGACAAUGUACCAACAAGAUCCAUACAGCCUCCGCGCCAGUUCGUCAGGCUUCCAAAGCCCAGCACUCCGCACUGGUCGAUCAUCUACCGCCGCAAGCGCCCCUGGGAGCUCAUCCGGAAGCUAUGCCUGUAGUACUGGAGCCUUUCCAACAGCGUCUAACCCCAGGACCUCAGGCGAAUGGGGAGGUGUUCACUCGGCUGGUAUCUCGUCCUUGUCCACCCCCGUCAGCGGCUCCGUUGAUCCCUUUGCGCAAAUGGAGUUCGAUCCGCCGUUCAUGCAACAAUUUGACGAGGGCUAUGACGGAUUGCAAGAUGGACUCGAAGGUCUUACCUUCGAGGGUCUCGAAGAUGUUGGUCUUUCGGACGAUAUAGAGAAGUUGCCUGAGUCUCUGGAUCUGCCGGCGUUCCCUGCUAGCAAUGAGAUGUCGGUACCGAUUGAUAUACCCAGCCCAAAGCAGCAACCUGGCACCCAUGCGCCUGAUGCUUCUGGCAUGGGCUUCCAGUAUUACGGAAUGGAUAACCAGGAGAUGAAUCACUAACAUCUAUCUUGACGAGUACAAAUUAUGACCAUGAUAAAAGUUUCUUUCUUCGUUUUUGCCUAGUAUUGGCGCUCUUAUGACUUGACUUCUUAGUGCAUUGUUCUGUCAUUCGCAUUUAGUACAUAC